AUGAGAAAUGGGCAGUUAAUGAGUUUAGAAAAUAGAGUUUUAAUGACAUUAAUAUGGCUUAGGCAUUAUCCAACAUAUCCAAUGCUUUCCCUUUGCUUUGGAGCAAGUACAUCUAGUGUAGGCUACAUUUUGAAGAAAACAUGGUUUAUGCUGUGGGACAUAUUGUCUUCAGAAAUUCGCUGGCCAACAGCAGCGGAAUGGUUAUCCAUGAGAGGUCGCUGGGACAACAUGCAAAACGUAGUGGGUGCUAUAGAUGGGACAUCGCAUGAGAUUUACAUCCCACAAACGGAGCCUCAGCAGGAAUUUUAUAGUGGACACAGAAAAUAUCACUGUAUCCAUACACAGGUUAUCAUAGACAAUGAGAAGUCCAUUAGAUAUGUACAUUCGGGAUUCCUUGGGCAUGAGAAUGAUGCGCAUGCUUAUGCUAAUAUCCUUGAGAUAGGACCAGGACAAGAGCUUGAUUUGCCAGCAGGACUUUUUAUUUUAGCAGACAGUGGAUAUCCUCAAACUGAACCACUUGUAACUCCAUACAAGACCGCUGACAUUAUUCAACAACCACAAGAUGAAAGACGUCGUCGACGAAAGUUUAAUAUACGUCAUCGAUCAAAGUGGGUUUACGUUGAGCAUGUCAUUAAAGAUAUAAAGACGUUUAGGGUGAUCGGUUCCUUAUAUCGACACCCUUGA